AUGUCUUUUAUUUAUUUACCAAACGAAAUUCUUAUUGAUAUUUUUAUACAUAUUAAAUAUAUGAAAGGUAUUCCUUUCACAUGUAAAAAAUUUUAUAAACUUAUUAUAAAUACCCAAUUUAAAUUUGAUUGGAUUACUUUUCAUUAUAAAUCAUUAUCUGAUUUUGAAGUAUUUCAAUUAGGUUUUACAUUCUUUAAUUCUGAACUUAUUAAAAAAUUACAGGAAAAAAAAGAAUUAUUCGUUGAAGAUGGGAGAGAAAAUAUUAUUCAUAAUAUAUCAGUUCUUGCGUUUUUUUUACAUAAAACACAUGAAUUGAAUAAUGAAAUGAAAGCUUUACGAAUUUAUAAAGAUUUAAAUGAUUAUUAUAUGAUAGGAUAUUAUUAUCGACAUGGAUAUGGUGGUCUCAAAAUUGAUAACAAAAAGGCUGAUGAAUAUUAUGCUUUAUCCAGAUUUUCAAAUUCAGUAUUUGAAAAAACAUUUUUUGAUAAUAUUUUAAAUAUCACAAAUAUAGAAUUAAAAUAUGUUUCUCAAGUAACAAAAUCUGAUAUUAUCAGAUUACAUAAUUUAAAAUCUCUUUCAUUAAUUGAUAUUGAUAUUAACAAUGAUGAUAUUUUAUUUGUGAUGAGAGAAUUAAAAUAUUUAUCAUAUUUGAAAAUAUCUUAUAAUAUAGAAUAUUAUAAAAAAUAUGAUGAAAAUAAAUUGAUAGAAGAAUCGAUGAAACAUGAAAAUAUAAAGAUUGGUUCAGGUAUAUCCACUUUAGCCAAUGUUAUCACGGAUACUAUUCUUUUCAAAGAAAGUAAAAAUACUCUUAGCGAAACUCAAGAAAUACAAAUCGAAAAAUUUGAAUUAGAAGGAGUAGAGUAUAGAAUAAUUGAUACUGUUGGUAUUAGUAAUUCUAACUUAUCUGAUAAACAAGUGAUAAAAAAAAUGAAAGAAGCCUUUAAUUUAAUUAAAGGAGAGACAAACCUAGUUUUUUUUACUUUUAGUGGAAGGUUUACCGAGAGAGAAUUGAAAGCUUUGGAAUUAUUAAAAAUUGUUUUCGGAAAUGAAUUUAAUCAAAAUAUUAUUUUAGUAAGAACUAAAUUUUGUGAUUUUAGAAAUUCUGAAAAAUGUAAACUUGAUAUAGAUUCAUUACUUCAACAUAACAAAGAAACAUUUGAUUUGAUCACUAAUCAUACUAUUAUUCAUAAAGGUGAAGCAUUAGUGAAUAUUUUAUAUAAUGGUUUAUCUAAAGAUUAUCAAAGACUUUUGUUGGAUAAAGAAAUUUAUAUUGAAACUUUUAAUCCAUUUUUCGGUAGUGAAUUAGAAAAAAUUACUUUUACAAAAAAGAAUUACAUGUUUAAUUACGCAUCAUACAUUAAUCCGAUUCCUUGUUCAUCAUUGUCAGAAUAUAUUAAUUAUGGGAAAGAUAAAGAUUAUGUUAUCGAUAUAAAUGAGAGGGAAAAGAUUGAAGUUUUUCAUGUUAUGAGUAAUAAAAAAUAUUUAAUUGAUAGUGAAAGAGGGUGUUGUGGUUUAAAUUUUUGGAAUUUGGGAAAAAUAGAUGAUGAUUGGCAUCAUUGUCAUGAUUUAAGUUAUCAUUUUACAGAAUUCAUUUUAAAGAAAUUAUUAAUAUUUAAAUAUCUUAAAGAAAAAAAUAGCAAAAUAAAAGAGAUAUAUGAAGAUUUAUUUAAAUGGAAAGAAUGA